UAUUUAUAUUUAACCUGUAUGUCCGUUCAAUAAAAAAUGGCACAACUUUAAUGAUACAUAACUCAAUUUCUCUAUUAUUUCAUAUUAAACCUUGAAAGUGAUAUCAAUAUGGCAAUAUUUCUGAUAAGAAGUAGUAUUUUGAAAACCAUAAAAAGGAAUCUGAGAGGAAAUUUUAGGAAUCUGAAUUGCGGUGAGCGACAAUGUUUUUGCCUUAAUUCGAAACCUGGAAUUUCAAAGAUUACGGUGCAACAAAGAAGUUUGAAUUGGUGGAACAGAUUCAUAGGGAAACAAAGUGAACAAAAUCUUAAGAUUUUGGAUCAAAUAUCUAGUGAGGUCCAAUUGAUUUAUAGGCAUGAUAGUUUAGAUAACUACUUGAAGUGGAUGCACCUUGCGUUGUGUGUGAUGUCUGGUGUUCUAGUAGCACUAGUUGUGUUUAAACUUGACAAAGGAAAUCUAAGAACAUCAUUGCUGAAUGAGGGAAUAGUAUUGCCAAAUGAAUCAUCAGUGUUGCCUAAGAUAUCUGAUUCUGUUGAUAAAGAUGCUCUAAUUUUCUUAUUUGCUUUCUGUUUAUGUUCCUCAGUGUUUUAUGGACUUAUGAAAAGAAUACCUGUACGGAUAUACAAAGUUCCUCGAACUGAGAGGUAUAUAUUCAUUUGCAAUGCAGGUAUUCCAUUCAAUACUAGAAAAUUAUUAUGCAAAAGAGGGGAAUGUGUCAAAGUAGAUUCUUCAGCCCUUCCUUCAUUUUUACCAUGCGAGAAUAUUUACUCAAUAUCUAAUAAACUGAAAGUUUUUUUGUUUGACGACAACUUUAGGGUUCCUGCUGAUCUUAAUGUCUUACUUGGACUACAGGAAGACUAUGAAGAUUGAAAGUUUUUAUUUUCAGUAACGAUAAUAGAUUACUGAGCUGUGUAAUUAUAUAUGUACUUGACAAUGUAUAAGUGAUGAACUAAUAAUUGAAGAAAUAAAAAUUUCAAUACGUAA